AGGCAUUUUAUGAGAGAGAGAAGAGAGGCGAGGAAGGAUGAUAAGCAAUUUCUUCACCCAUUCAAUUAUCUCGAUAUCACUAUAGCUCACUGAAUUGCCCACUUGAUUAGGUAAUUCGCUAAAUUAGCUGUGGGAGGAAAGUCUGCCGGUAAACUCAUCGGAUUUUAGUGCAAAAUGCAGAAACUUGCAAUUUUUGGGGGCACCGGAAUGACCGGGCAGUGUGUAGUUGAUCAUGCUCUCAGGAAAGGCCUCAAACUCAGGCUCCUGGUGCGUGACAUGAAGACCGUCCCAAAUACCUUCCGUGAUAAGGUUGAGAUCAUUUUGGGCGAUGUAACUGACUAUACGAAAGUCCAGGAAGUUAUCCAGGGGACGAAUGGAGUGGUAGUGGUGCUGGGUACAAGGAAUAAUCUCGAGCCAACAACCGUCCUCUCAACUGGAACGGAAAACAUCGUGAAAGCCAUGAAGGAAGCAUCAAUUCAGAAGCUCUCUAUCUGCUUGUCCUCAUUCCUCUUCUACGACCCUGAGAAGGUGCCCACAAUCUUUGAGCACAUCAAUAAAGAGCACAAGAGAAUGCUGGACAUUGUCAAGGAAUGUGAUUUGGAAUGGAGGGCUGUUCUUCCUCCACAUAUUGCGGAUGAACCUUCAGCAGAAUUCCAGGUGCUCCAGGAUAAAUCACCCGGACGCACCAUUUCCAAACUCGACCUGGGCAAAUUCCUCAUUGACUGCCUGACGCAGGAGCAGUACAUCCGACGCGUGCUUGGCAUUGCUACGGUGAAGAGGAGCUAAAAACAUGUCCGGAAGAGGUUUUCAAUAAAAUAAAUCAUCUUCAUGUA